ACCCUCCCUGCCCUCGGCCCGUUUAUAAACCCUAGCCCUUUCGGGCUUGCCCGUCUCCUCUUCUAGGGUUUCCGCGCGACGCCGUCUCCAAAGCCCUAAGCCUAAGCGCAACGCUGAAAUGGCUCCCAAAAGGGGUGGGAAGGCUGCGGCGCCGGCGAAGAAGAAACCGGAGAAGGUUGUGAACCCUCUGUUUGAGAAGCGGCCGAAGCAGUUUGGGAUCGGAGGGGCUUUGCCUCCGAAGAAGGACCUCCACCGGUUCGUCAAGUGGCCGAAGGUGGUCAGAAUCCAGAGGCAGAGAAGGAUUCUCAAGCAGCGCUUGAAGGUCCCCCCGGCCUUGAACCAGUUCACCAGGACUUUGGAUAAGAACCUUGCCUCGAGCCUGUUCAAGAUGCUUCUGAAGUAUCGUCCUGAAGACAGAGCUGCAAAGAAGGAAAGACUUCUGAAAAGGGCUCAGGCAGAGGCCGAAGGGAAGCCUGUUGAAGUUAAGAAGCCUAUUGUUGUGAAGUAUGGGCUUAAUCAUGUGACCUACCUCAUUGAACAGAACAAGGCACAACUGGUGGUCAUUGCUCAUGACGUUGACCCAAUUGAGCUAGUUGUUUGGCUCCCCGCCUUGUGCCGGAAGAUGGAGAUCCCUUACUGUAUUGUUAAAGGGAAAGCACGACUUGGAACGAUCGUGCACAAGAAGACCGCAGCUGUAUUGUGUUUGACCACUGUAAAGAAUGAGGAUAAACUAGAAUUCAGCAAAAUCUUGGAGGCUAUCAAGGCCAACUUCAAUGAUAAGUUUGAUGAGGUCCGUAGGAAGUGGGGAGGUGGGAUAAUGGGUUCCAAGUCUCAGGCAAAAACCAAGGCGAAGGAAAAGCUUCUAGCGAAGGAAGCUGCUCAGAGGAUGAGCUAGGUUUCUUUAUUUUUGGUCAUGGUCAUGUGGUUUCGCCUCUAGCAUUUUUCUUUUCCCAGCGUGUAGCUGUAGUCACUUGAUCAGCAGACGGGCUAGCAGCCAUAUCUUUAAAUUUGUAUCAGUUGUCUGAAAGUAGAUAGUAUUUUAAUUGUCUGGUUCUCCUGUGAACUUCCCCAAGCAUGUUUCUUGGUGCCACCAAACUUUUUGUUUUCUUCCGAGGUUUUAAAGUGUCCAUUAUUAUUUGCGUGAUUUGCAUUGCUGACUUA